CUCCCCGCUGGCGACACCCACCGCCGGGCGCGGGGAGGGGGCGGUUGCGGGGCCCGGGCGGCGCGGCACGGCCGCUGCAGCGGGUAUAUGGCGACGGUUCUGUCCGCCCUCGCUGCCAGGCUCUCCCAGUCAGCCGCGGCCAGGUCCUACGGGGUGUUCUGCAAGGGGCUGACUAGGACCCUGCUCAUCUUCUUCGACCUGGCCUGGAAGCUUCGCAUUAACUUCCCCUACCUCUACAUUGUCGCCUCCAUGAUGCUUAACGUGCGGCUGCAGGUCCAUAUUGAGAUCCACUGACUUGUGACUUGGUGUGCUGCAACUAGAGUCGAUCACAGUCUUCAAAUUCAGCCUGCUGUGAAACAGCAAAACUAUGCUUGUCUUCUCUAGGACUACAAAGAAACCAGGAUGUGACUGUGGCCCAGAUCAUCACAAGGCAGCAGCUCACCUGACACACAUGCAUUCCGUGUUGAACAAUUCUCAAAAUCCUAGUAGCAGUUUACAAGAACUAUUUUAUUUUAACAUCAGGAACUGUUCGCUCUUUAAUACUAUACCUCUGCCUUCUACUGGCAAGGAAAUGCCUCUGAGUUUCAGUGAAUCAGCAGGGAGGAACUCAAGUGCAGCUGCUCUGUGGAAGGAUUCAUUUCAUCUGCACUUUUCUUUUGGUAAAGACAGUCUUGCAGCGAUAAACCCUAUCAUUAGUAGCAUUUCAGUAAUGGGCUGGCUGGAGAAAGCUUGUAGUUUUGCUGGAGACUUUAGCUCAUGCUGUCCAGGAGGUACCUUUGUAUGUUUUGCACACUUCUGGCUGGGAAAUUUGCAGGAUAAUAAAAUCCUGCAGUUUCUGGAAUUAGAAACGAGUGGUAGCAGAGAGACCAGAUCACAUAUUACAUUUCUUAAAGAGCUGGAGCUCGGUGGACUUCCUGAUCUUGAUUCUAUUCUGAUUGCCUCACUGAAAGAAUACGCUCUGGGACCCUUGAACAACCAGACACCAUGUUUUUUUCUUUGUUACUUAAUCCUUGUAUCUUCAGAGCAAACACUUGGAUGCAAGCAAAUGCAUUCACAUCUACAAUAUGUAACUAAUAAUUUUCACAUCAUACAGCUAGUAAUUUCUGUGCUAGCUCUUGCACUAGCAGGUCUCUGGUAUGCAGUAGUGAAGGUAAAAAGAAUACUAAGAUUUUAAUAAUUGCUAUUUUUAACAUUAAUAGGAAUGUACCUGAAUAACAGACAAGGUUACAGUUCAGGUUUUAGGGAGAAGGAGACAGCUAAGUAAACGUAUUUGUGUAAUUGCUAGUAAAACUGGCUGUUGGAAGAAUAGCAACUUUUUUUUUUUUGUCAAGGAGUAUCUACAUCUGAAAGAACUUCUUAAUCUCAAAACUCUUUGUGACUUUUGCAGGUCUGCCAUUAACACUAGACUGGAACCCAAUUUGAUUGUUUCGCACAGGUCCUCUGUUUUCUUUAGGGUUUCUAUUAGCAGAGAGUUCUGGCUACUAUUUACAACCAUUGCAAAUGAAAUUGUUUCUUGCAGAAUUGAAUUCCUUCUCUGAAUCCAACAGUAAGGAAAGUAUCAGUCCUCAGAACACUUUGAACUGGAAAGCUGUUGGGAGAAUGGUCUUCAAUACAGCAUAAUUCUCAGCAGUGUUCCUUUUCAGGGGUGGUACUGCUCUAAUCUCUACAGUAUCUCAUGAACUUUAUUGUGCUACAAUAGACACCACAAACAGUUUUCUAAAAGAAUGUUGCCUUUCCUUGAGGAAAAGUGAUUGUUAUCACUGAAACCUGGUAAUCACUUCUGGGCCUGUUGACUUUGGCUUUGUGACAGACUUUUGACAGCGAGGUUUGGCAAAGAAUGGAGCAAGAAUGUUGGAAGCAAUAGAGCUGUUUGUGAAUAAGAAUUUGCAGGAAUAGGCUCUCAUGGGCACCUACAUGGAGAAACUCAUUGUGCAGUAGGUCAAAGUUUGAACUCUGCGUCCAAAAUUCUCAGCAGGGAGUUGGUGUAGGUGGGAUAAAUGUGCUCUAGGGACUUGCCUAAAGAGUGAGGUAUUGAUACAGUCAGGUUGCAUUCUCAGCUCACCCUUUACUCUCAGUUAAAAGUGAGGACUUAAAGCAGAGUUAUGUCAUGCCAGUGAUUUGCACACGCAGUAUCCUUUUUGCUAGCUAUCUCACUUCAGUUUGGAAAGAGACUGAGUGGUGUUGCAUUUAGUCUGAACUAAAUUACUCUGGAAAGCCAGUGGAGUUUCUAAUGUGUUUGUUGGGGUGUUAGCACACCUGUGUGAAGUCCUUGAUUGUGAAGAUGAGAUACUGGUUAUCAGUGUUACAGGGAGAAUUGU